ACUGUCCCAGAAACGCUGCUCUUCAUAUCCACUCUGGAUGGAAACCUUCACGCAGUGAGUAAGAGCACAGGAGACAUCAAGUGGACCCUGAAGGAUGAUCCUAUUCUGCAGGUGCCGGUUUAUGUGGCAGAACCAGCAUUCCUUCCAGACCCCAAUGAUGGCAGCCUGUAUAUCCUGGGAGGAAAGAACAAAGAAGGCUUGAUGAAGCUGCCGUUCACCAUCCCAGAGCUGGUGCAGUCCUCGCCGUGCCGCAGCUCGGACGGGGUGCUCUACACCGGGAAGAAGCAGGACACCUGGUUCAUCGUGGACCCCAAGUCAGGAGAGAAGCAGACCACGCUCUCGACUGAGGCCUGGGAUGGGCUGUGCCCGUCCAGUCCCCUGCUCUACAUUGGCCGUACCCAGUACGUCAUCACCAUGUACGACACCAAGUCCCGGGAGCUGCGCUGGAAUGCCACCUUCUCUGAAUACUCGGCGCCGCUCUGUGAGGAGUCCUACCCCUACAAAAUGGCACACUUUGCCUCCAGCGGGGACGGGCUGGUGGUGACAGUGGACAAGGAGAGCGGGGAGGUCCUGUGGGCGCAGAACUACGGCUCGCCUGUGGUUGGCAUCUACGUGUGGCACCAGGACAGCCUCCGCCGAGUCCCCCACCUCAACCUGGCCAUGGAGACCCUGCGCUACCUGACCUUCCACUCACAGGACAUCCACCUUCUCAAGUGGAGCUACCAGUCUGUGAAGGACUUCGCUGCCACCAAGACCCAGCUGCUGCCGGCACUCUACGUGGGGAAAUAUGCAACCAGCUUCUAUGCCCUGACCUCCCUGGUCCACAGCAGCGUGGCUCUGGUGCCACAGGGAAUCACACUGGCCAGGAUCGAUGGCCCCACCACUGAGGAUGUGACCGUGAGAGAGUCAGGGGAGUGUGAGAUCACGCCCAGCACUGAUGUCAAGUACCCCCAGGGCAGCAUCACCUCACUACACAACCAGUGGCUCCUAAUAGGGCACCAUGAGCUGCCUCCCGUGGUCCACACUACGAUGCUGCGAGCCUUCCCAGAGAACUUGAGGAAGACAACGGAAACCAUCAUCCCAAGGGCUCCUCCUGCCAGAACUGUGUUCGAUGAUUUCCUGGCCCCAAGCGGCCUGGAGGAGCCUGCUCUCCGCAAUGAGGGGCAGUUCCAGCCAGACCCUGUGCCAGGGGAGCAGGUGGAGGUGUACCCUGAAGCCAGCGUCUGGGACCUGCUGGUGGCUGGUGUGGGCACAGCACUGCUGGGCGGGGGUGUCCUCUUCCUCCUGCUGAUGAAACUGCAGCAGCAGCACAGGCAACAGCAGCUGGGGCAGCAGAUCCAGCUCCUGCAACAGCAGCAGGAGAUGCUGCUGCCAGGCCGAGUCUCCGGGGAGGGUGUCCCUGCAGAGCCCAGGAUGCUGGGGCUGAGCCAGGGGAGCACAUCGCAGCUCCCACAGAGCUCCAGCCCCUCAGACCACCCGCAGGACCUGGCUAACGGGAUGGUCAGCCUGGAUCCAGCUGUCCCAGUGGCUGCUGAAGAUGCAGAACCAGACAUGAUUGUAGUUGGGAAAAUUUCUUUUAACCCUAAGGACAUGCUGGGCCACGGAGCUGGAGGAACCUUUGUCUUCAGGGGACAGUUUGAUGGCCGGAACGUGGCCGUGAAGCGCCUGCUGCCCGAGUGUGUCCACCUGGUGGACCGGGAGGUCCAGCUGCUCCGGGAGUCAGACGAGCACCCGCACGUCGUCCGCUACUUCUGCACCGAGAAGGACAAGCAGUUCCACUACAUCGCCAUCGAGCUCUGCUCUGCCACCCUGCAGGAGUAUGUGGAAAGCCCCAGCUUCGACCGCCACAGCCUGGACCCGGUGUCUGUCCUGCGCCAGACCAUGCUGGGGCUGGCCCACCUGCACUCCCUCAGCAUCGUCCAUCGAGACCUGAAGCCUUGUAACAUCCUGAUCUCUGUUCCCAAUCGCCACGGGCUGAUCCGAGCUGUCAUCUCCGACUUUGGCCUCUGCAAGAAGCUUCAGGGGGGACGACAGAGCUUCAGCCUCCGCUCCGGCAUCCCCGGCACUGAGGGCUGGAUCGCGCCCGAGCUGCUGCAGGAGGCCCCGAAGGAGAACCCGACCUGUGCUGUGGACAUCUUCUCAGCUGGCUGCAUCUUCUACUACGUGGUGUCAGGAGGGCAGCACCCAUUUGGGGACAGCCUGAGGCGACAGGCCAACAUCUUGUCGGGCUCCUACCAGCUGAGCUGCCUGCAGGAGGAAGUUCACGACAAGCUUGUUGCACGAGACCUGAUUGUGUCAAUGAUCAGCCCUGAGCCCCAGCACCGCCCCUCAGCCUCCAUGGUCCUCAUGCAUCCCUUUUUCUGGAGUCAGGAGAAACAGCUGCAGUUCUUCCAGGACGUCAGUGACCGCAUCGAGAAGGAGCCCGCCGAGGGGCCUGUCAUCUCAGCCCUGGAGGCAGGGGCCCGCUCGGUGGUGAGGACUAACUGGAGGAUGCACAUCUCCCUCCCACUGCAGACAGACCUGAGGAAGUUCCGCACCUACAAGGGGGCCUCAGUGCGUGACCUGCUGCGGGCCAUGAGGAACAAGGUAGGGCUGCCCCAUGUGCCCCCGUGCCCCCCGCCCAGGCCCCCGCUCACCUGCUCCUCUCUCCCACAGAAGCAUCACUACCACGAGCUGCCGGCCGACGUGCGGGCGGCCCUGGGCUCUGUCCCCGAAGGCUUCGUGCAGUACUUCACCUCCCGCUUCCCCCAGCUGCUGCUGCACACCCACUGCGCCAUGAGGGUCUGCGCCCGCGAGCGGCUCUUCCACUCCUACUACUGCCAGGGGCUGGGGGAUGAGGGCCAGUGA